GCGAGCUUCCAGGCUGCUCAGUCGCGAUCCGGUCGCCAUGCGGGCGCGCGACGCAUCGAGCAUCGUGUGGGUCAGCAUGCUGUUCGCCUGCUUCGCCGCCGCUGCCGCCCCGUCAGUGCAGCUCGUAUGGCCAGCGGCCCAGCCUGAGGGGCGAGUCUUUUCAAGCUUGCUGAGGGUGUUCGAGGCGGCCGAGUGGGACAAAGUAUUCGUCAAAAUGGCACGCGUCGUCGUCAACUACUUCACCGACAUGGCCUUCAAGGUGUUGUUCGGCUCCACUGGCAGCCGACGAAGCAGCGGCGGUGACCCGUGUGUUACGCAGCUUGUCCGUGAGCGCCGCGACAUGGCACAGUACGUACUGGAGAGCCAGCAGCGGGUGAGCCAACUGCCCCCAGACUGCCAACGGCGCAUCGCCUGCAGGGUGGGACAACACUUGGGCAGUCUCAACAGCCUGCGCAUGCUGGCACCGAUGCUCAGGUAA